UAUUUCUGUACACUGCGUGGGUAGUUAACCAAGGAAUAGAUAUGGCUUCCGCUGUCGCAGGAACCCAACUUAUCUCUCUCUCAGAGGCACUUUUCUUGUCGAAACCUAGCAGAAAUCGGCACCGUUUUAUUCUAAAAUCAAAAAGCACUAGUCCCAAUCUAUCGUCUUUGUUUAACUCCAGAGACCGACUGAUACUCUCUACGCCCAAUUUGAGUCAUUUGCAAGCUGUUCUCGACUCUUCUACUCCUCUAAGCAAAGAAGAAGCCGACACUAAACAGGAUGAUGCUUCAACACUCCGCGGAAUUUGCAGAGGUCAUGUAUCAGAUCACAUGUUGGACCGAGCCGAAGAGGUUGGAUAUGUAGUGCCAACUGAUGUACAGAGGCAAGCUUUGCCUGUUCUUUUUAGUCGCCGGGAUUGUAUACUUCAUGCUCAGACAGGUUCUGGUAAGACGCUUGCUUACCUGCUAUUGAUAUAUUCAGUUAUUAACGCUCAAAGGUCUGCCGUGCAAGCCUUAAUCGUAGUGCCUACCCGGGAACUCGGAAUGCAAGUGAGCAUUUUGUUGGUGGUUACUAAAGUUGCUCGGAUGUUGGCUACGAAAGCCAUGGAUGUUACUGUCAUGGCUCUUUUAGAUGGAGGGAUGUUGAAAAGACAUAAGAGUUGGCUAAAGGCAGAGCCUCCUAAAAUAGUUGUGGCAACAAUAGCAAGUUUGUGCCAAAUGCUUCAGAAGCAGACAAUUAAACUUGAGGCAUUACAGGUGCUGGUUAUUGACGAGGUGGAUUUCAUGUUCAACUCUUCAAAACAAGUCAGUUCCCUCCGAAAGCUUUUGACAUCAUAUUCAUCAUGCAAGAACCGACAGACUAUUUUUGCUAGUGCAUCCAUCCCUCAGCACAGACGAUUUAUGCAUGACUGCAUACAGCAGAAAUGGACCAAGGGUAAUGUAGUUCAUGUCCAUGUCAAUCCAAUUGAGCCCAUGCCAUCUCGCCUGCUGCAUAGGUUUUUGAUAUGCAGUAAAAACCAGAGGCAUCAAAUGUUGCUUUCUCUAUUACAUUCUGAUGCGCCAAAGUCUGCCAUUAUUUUUGUCGGUGAGCAGUCUGAGAAGUCAAAGAAGGCUGGAAAUGCUCCACCAACCACUCUUUUGAUUGAUUUCUUGAAAUCUUCAUAUGACGGCUGUUCAGAUCUCCUCCUUCUGGAGGAAGACAUGAAUUUCAACUCACGAGCGGCUUCAUUAUCAGAACUGAAGCAGGGAGGAGGCUAUGUUCUUGUAGCAACAGAUAUAGCUGCCCGGGGGGUUGACCUUCCACAAACCACUCACAUAUACAACUUUGAUUUGCCAAAAAGUGCUGUUGACUAUCUUCAUCGUUCAGGAAGAACAGGUAGAAAACCUUUUUCGGAUGAAAAAUGCUAUGUUACCAAUAUUAUCAUAUCAGAAGAGCGCUUUGUUUUGCAAAGAUAUGAAAAUGAACUGAUGUUUAACUGUGAAGAACUUGUUUUGGAGUUAUAAUGUUGAUUCAUUUCAUUAAAUUAACUGGCUGCUUGCUUCUGCAUCCAUCCUUCAA